AUGUCUCCUUACCGUUUAGUUUAUGGUAAGGCUUGUCAUUUGCCCGUUGAAUUGGAACACAAAGCUUAUUGGGCCACGAAGAAGUUGAAUAUGGAUCUCCAAGCGGCGGGGGAAGCUCGAAAGUUACAAUUGAAUGAGCUUGAAGAAAUGAGGUUGUUUUCGUAUGAGAAUGCCAAACUUUAUAAAGGAAAUACCAAGAAGUGGCAUGAUAAAAGAAUUCAACCUCGAGUGUUUGAGAAAGGGCAGCGAGUUUUGCUUUUUAACUCGCGGUUGAGGUUAUUUCCGGGCAAAUUGAAGUCUCGUUGGUCGGGCCCAUUCACCAUAACCAAAGUUUAUCCUCAUGGAGCUGUGGAUGUUUGUAAUGAGCAAUCCGGAAAGGAAUUCAAAGUGAAUGGGCAGCGUCUAAAGCAUUAUUUUGGUGGUGGUUUUGGAACACAAUUUGGAGCCUUGGAGGUGAUUUGGAAGUUUAGAGAUUUUGCUAAAUUUUUGAUGGACUUUUGCUGCAGCAUUUCUGUGAAGCACAAAAGGAAUUUUCGUUCAUGUGGAGAACUUCCGCCUGCUGCAGCAUUUUUCUAG